ACAAACGUCAAAAAACGGAAGCACAGUCUUGAUUGUCCCCAUCUCCUCUUUUACUCGCAACUCUCACCUGACUCUCUUCACUUUCUUUUCACACACACACACAGUAUAAAUACAGCGCUGCAUACCAUUUCCUGGGUGUUGCGAUGCAUGCCUGAAAAUCCAAUUUCUCUCCAGGCUUCUGAUUCUAAUGUUUCUUGAGAUUUCAAUAUCAAAUCAUAAAUGGAAGAAGGUGGCGCGUUUUCAAGGAGAUGGGAGGAUCUCGAUUUCGAUGUCCUUAUGAAGAUAAUAGAGUCUUUUACUAAAUAUGAGUUGACUCCAGGAAUAGCUCAAGUUUGUAGAGCAUGGCGUUUCGCAUGUUCUGACCCUCUGCUCUGGGAAACUGUUGAUUUGUCCCAUAUGAAAUCAAACUUCAUCAAAACAUCACUAGAGCCCUUUGUCUAUGUGGAUAACCAGUCCGAUAAGACGUUGACCCGGAUUCUAAGGCUUAGUUUAAGUCUUAGUCACGGGAAUAUCAAGACUUUGAUCUUCCAUUUCAAUCUCUAUCUCACUGAUGAGCAAUUGACUUACACUGCUGAAAGGUGCCCAAAGCUUAAAAGACUUGUAAUGCCUGCCUGGAACCGAAUAAAGAGAACUGGUAUAUGCAGAGCAAUCAGCAUGUGGAAAGAUCUUGAGUCAAUGACCAUGCCAAGCAUAGGUACUCCUCGAUAUGUUAUGGAAGAGAUCUCCAAGAACUGCAAAAAUUUUGCUGAACUAAAGAUCAUGGGAUCUUUUAAUGUAUUAUGUGCAACUUCUAUCGUUCAAUUUCUUCCAAAUAUAAGAGUGUUAAGCCUUCGCUGUUCCAUGGUUGUAAAAGAAGCCUUGAUCAUUAUUCUGGACAGCUUAAAGCAUCUGGAAGUGCUUAAUAUAUCUCAUUGUCACAUUGCUGAUUUCACUUCACCCCCGCCCAGAAAGAGAAUUCUAAAAGAGAUCGAUGAAGAUAUUCUUCAGAAAGCUUCUGGUCUGCGUCAAUUUAUCACGUGUAUGAAUGACUCGUGCAUCAUGUGCCAGAGAAGUAGAGCUGACGAAGGUCUAAUGAGGUGGUACAGGUAUGAAGAGAACUCAUGGAAAGCAGACGAGGUUCAGUCACUCGCACUCUAGAUGCAAUGUUUUAUUUUUAAUCAAAAUUAUAUAGUUAUCAGAAAACACACAGCAGACUUCUGCAACAACUUCGAAAACAAUAACUUUUUUUCUUCCUUCAUAUCUGGAUUUUGAUGGAUUAUCAGCUCAAAUUUCUGUAUGUUGUGAGGAUGCGUUAUCA